GACACAUCUCUGGGACCUGCAAUGACAAGUCGGAACAGUAGCCAUGCAGAGAAAACUGGUGGAAUGUCCUCAAAGCAGUCGGCACCUAAAGUGCAGGUCCAACGAUCUGUCUCCCGAGAAAACAUCACUAUUCAUUUCUCUGCAUUUGGGAAGGAGGAAGAAGAGGAGGAAGAGGAGUUUAAGGAAUUUCUUGAUGAGGAACUAGAUGACCAAAGCAUUGUAACAGCACUUGAAGCCAAGGAAGACCUCUGCUUUGAGCAUACUGGCCAUGAUUUUUCUGGUCCAGCUACCUCGCUUAACAUGGCCAUCUCUGCACCACUGCUGUCCUCAUCGCCUGCAGUUCUGCCAACUGAAGAGACUGUGAAGCUGUUGGAUUCUCCUUCCACGUCCCAAGUACUCAGUACAGUGCCACUAGUCCUGUCUCCAUCGUCACACUCGUGCGAUACUGUUAGCUUAUCAGGUGCACCACCACCUGUUGAACAGAAAUCCAGCCUCUCAUCUUCCCCAUCCUCAUCCCCUUCCAGAUCAGUUGCCUGCUCUAGUGGAUCAUCCACAGUUUCUAGUUCAAAGCCUUUUAAGGGUUUAGUCAAGUCCCUUUCAACAGAUGUGGAACCAAAAGAACCCACCCCACCGCUGCGACAUAGACAGUUAAUGAAAACCUUAGUGAAGUCUCUGUCGACAGACACUUCUAAACAAGAAUCUGAAGCUGUGUCUUACAGGCCACCUGACUCGAAGCUGAACUUACAUCUGUUCAAACAGUUCACUCAACCUCGAGCUACAGGUGGUGAUUCUAAAACUGCCCCCUCAUCUCCAUUAACAUCUCCCUCUGACACUCGUUCCUUUUUUAAAGUACCUGAAAUGGAGGCUAAAAUUGAAGAUACUAAAAGACGCCUUUCUGAAGUAAUCUAUGAGCCUUUUCAGCUGCUCAGCAAAAUAAUGGGUGAUGAAAGUAGUAGCCACAGGCCCAAAGCCUUAUCUUCAAGUGCUUCAGAACUCUCAAACCUUUCCAGUUUGAAUGGCCACUUGGAAAGCAAUAACAACUACAGCAUUAAGGAGGAAGAAUGUGAUUCUGAAGGGGAUUUCUAUGGAAGUGACUCUAACCUGAGUAAAAAUGAUCAGUCAAAAGUGGCUGAAGAACAUGCAGGAGAGACAGAGACCAAAAGCUCUCAGUCCGCAAGCACAAAGGAUGUGAGUUCAAAAACUUCACUUGUACUUGAAAAAUGUUCAUUGUCUGUACUAGCAAGCAGAGAGGAUGAGGAGUUCUGUGAACUAUAUGCUGAAGAUUUUUCCUUGCUAGAGGAUGAAGGCAAACCUGAUAAACCUACUGAAACUUUGCUUGAUACAGAGAUGACUGAGGAAAAUGGUACUAUGCUCAGUAGUGAAGAUGAAAAUGCCCCAUAUGUGCAAGAGCCUAAAAUACCAGUGAAAACUUUAUGCUUUCUAACACUGUUAGUUUAUGCCUAUUUUAUUGUCCCUCUCCCUGGCUACUUAAGUGGACUCUUAUUUGGAAUGGCCCUUGGAUUUAUGAUAGCUGUCUGUGUGAUUUGGCUUCUUACUCCACGUAGUAAUGAAUAUACCAGGUUGCGUAACAGCAUGAAGAGGCGAUGGAGGACGAGAGCUCUGGACAUCAAGGAACCUGAAAUACUGAAGGGAUGGAUGAAUGAAAUUCAUAAUUAUGAUCCAGAAACCUACCAUGCUACCUUGACUCACUCUGUCUAUGUGCGGCUUGAAGGAAGCACCUUACGACUUUCAAAACCCAAUAAAAAUAUUUCUAGAAGGGCUGUGUACAAUGAGCCAAAGCCUGAAGUCACGUAUGUCAGCCAGAAAAUUUAUGAACUUACAGAGAGCAAGAUUUCCCUGGUUCCUAAGAGUCUGGCACGAAAACGGAUUUGGAAUAAGAAAUACCCUAUUUGCAUUGAACUUGCUAGGCAGGAUGACUUUAUGGCUAAGGCCCAGACUGAUAAAGAGAAUGCAGAGGAAAAGUUAUCUGCUGAAAAAGCAGAUGACAAUGAGGACUCCAAGAAAUCUCAGGACGGAGCGAAGUACAGUAGUCAAAAGGAUCAAGUGCUUUAUCUCUUUGGAAGGACAGGUAGGGAGAAGGAGGAGUGGUUCAGAAGGUUCCUUCUUGCAUCCAAGCUGAAAUCUGAAUCAAAGAAGCCAUCCAGUUUAUGUGGGAGCAAGCCAGGGAUCUUGCCAACACAGAGUAAACCCGAUAGUCAGUCUGGAGUUCUCACACACAGCCGAAGCAGCAGCAAGGGAAGUGCAGAAGAAAUUGCAUCCCAGCCAAAGCACAAGGAUCUGGCUGGCAACGUGAGGCAGAAAAUGCUUCUGGACUACAAUAUUUAUAUGGCAAAGUGUGUUCCACAUGAAAAGAAAAGCCCUUCAGGUAGUCCAGUCCUCAGUGCAGACAGCAGCCCUACAGCUGUGAAGAAGUUACCAGAUGCCCAUGUGGAAGCUGAAGAAGAAGAACAGGAGGCCUGGGUGAAUGCUUUGCUUGGAAGGAUAUUCUGGGAUUUUUUAGGAGAAAAGUAUUGGUCUGAUCUAGUGUCAAAGAAGAUCCAAAUGAAACUUAGCAAAAUAAAGCUGCCAUACUUCAUGAAUGAGCUAACUCUAACUGAGCUUGACAUGGGGAUAGCAGUGCCGAAGAUCCUUCAAGCCUACAAACCUUCUGUUGAUCACAGAGGACUUUGGAUCGAUUUGGAAAUGUCCUACAAUGGAUCUUUUUUAAUGACACUAGAGACAAAGAUGAACUUGACCAAACUCGGUAAAGAGCCGCUUGGUGAAGCACUUAAAGUUGGAGAGAUUGGCAAAGAAGGUUUCAGGCCAAGGGCGUAUUGUCUCGCUGACAGUGAUGAGGAAUCCUCCAGUGCUGGCUCUUCAGAAGAGGACGAUGCUCCUGAACUGGCAGGAGAGAAGCAGGUGACUCCAGGAGCAGAAGGGUACGUCGGAGGACAUCGGACAAGUAAGAUCAUGAGGAUUGUGGAUAAAAUUACUAAGUCAAAAUACUUUCAGAAAGCAACAGAGACUGAGUUUAUUAAGAAGAAAAUCGAAGAGGUCUCCAAUACUCCUUUGCUGCUAACAGUUGAAGUACAAGAGUGCAGAGGAACGCUCGUAAUCAACAUUCCACCUCCACCUACUGACCGAAUAUGGUAUGGCUUUCGAAGACCUCCCUACCUGGAGUUAAAAGCUCGGCCGAAACUUGGCGAGAGAGAAGUGACGCUGGUUCAUGUAACUGACUGGAUAGAGAGGAAGCUAGAACAAGAGUUUCAGAAAAUCUUUGUCAUGCCAAACAUGGAUGAUGUUUAUAUUCCUCUGAUGCACUCAGCCAUGGAUCCCCGCUCCUCUACGUGCCCUCCAAAGGAUCUGAUCACAGAGGCCCCUGAUCAACCAUGACAUGUGAAGACUCUUGCAGUUUACAGUAUUAUAAAAGUAAUUCACCUGGUUUUAUAAACUGUGCUGUAGUUCUCAUCCUUAACCUGUGCCACUUGCCCCCUCCCAAGGACUGCCUAUAACCAUACCUUUGUGCUCACUUGCCUGGUUAUUGUUCCUGUGUACUUCAGCUACAUGAAGUUCCAUUCCAUUAAGCCGUUGGUUUAUUUUCGUACUGGCUGCCAUGGGGAUUUUAACUCAGAGGCUAAGAUGACCUGUUCUUGGGGGAGGGAGGAGGAACCUAACUGCAAUGGAUGGAGGAGCUUGUCGACACACCUUUUGUUCAGCUUAAGUUUUCAUGCUGUGUUAAUGUGCAUUAAAGCAUUGAGAGGUUGUUUGGCAGCAAAGAAACUGCGUGCCAAAUGGAAAAACUCCUAAGUAAGGAAUGAAUUUAUAAAACUGGAAGAAUAUGUUUCUUUCUCAGGCAGUUGGAGGUGUAGAAUGAACUGUUUUAUGUUCUUUCACUUCUGCAGUCAAUAGCUUGUGUCAAGCAAUCGAAAUAUGAAAUGCUUUCAGGAUAAAAGAAUGUAAAUCGGAUGUAUAGGUAAUAUUGUGAUUCAGCGUGGUAUUACAUGUUACUUUUUUCAUACAGAACUUGUGUUUUUUUUG